AUGAGUAAUAUGAUAAGCUAUUACAAUCAAGUUUGGUGUUUUUGUAAAUUCAUUUCAAUUUAUUAUGUUGUUUAUAGAAAAACUAAUGAAUAUCUUCGUCAAGAUUUGCAAUCAACCACCGGAACAUCUGAUCUUACCAUCUCCACUAAUUCUAAUUCAAUUGGUAAAAUCAAUGAGAGUCAAUCCAUAUCAUCCAAAAUCUUGGAAAGUAUGUACCCAGAAAAUCAAAAUUCUUAAGUAUCAUAAUUCUAUGUGUUUUUAUCUUGUAUUAACGAUGCCCUAAGUUACCAAAAGCAUCCUUUUAUUCAUAUCAUUAAUUUCUUUAGAGAAUGGGCAAUCAAUCAAUUAAUUAGUAUGAAAGAUCCUCAAAAUACUACCCAUUAAUUAAAAUUAAAACUCUAGAAAUUUUAGAGCUCAUCUGAUCUAUUUUUGAAUUUCCUUGUGUUUUCCUUGAAUGAGUAUUUGGGAGAUUUUGGAGAUGAUAUAAGUGAUGAAGGGAUAUUUAAAUACAUCAAAGACAAAUAAAAUUAUUUUAAUUUAUUUUUAGAACAUACAUUUGAUGACACAUUAAUUAUUCAUUUAAUGGAGGUGCUCAAUUACCUACAUAAAAAUAAUAAUAACAAUUUUAUUGAAAAAAUAAAGCAUAUUAGAAAGAAACCAGAUUUUUUUGAGAUUCCUAAGAAAUAUCAAACUCAAGAAACACCUUUCCUUUAAGAAAUCUCUUGUUUAAAUGAAGUCCAAUAUCUAAAACGACCAGCUGCCAUAUUUUGCUGCUUCACAAAAACAUAUUUGAUGAUCAAGGAUCAUUUGACUCGAUCUGCUUCUAAUUUUUUGUUUUUCUAAGUAACCAAUUAUGUGAUUGUGCAUUCUAAUAUUGAAAAUUUUCAUGCGCUAUUACAUUUAUUAGAACUCUUCUAUUGUAAUUCGCCUAUUUUACUUAAAUAUAAUUAAUCCUUGGAAUUCAUAUAAAAUAUUAUUAUUUCUUGA